AUGAAUCAUCAUACGAAUAACAACUUGAAUCAUAAUUAUGGUACUGCUAUUAUAACACCAGAUAACUACUACCAUCUUCCGGAAAAGUCAAAUUCAACUUCCAAGAUAAGUCGAGAGCAAUUAAAUAAAUCAAAUGAACAGAAGAAAAAAGCUAGACAUGAAGAUGAAAAUUAUCGGCAACAAACAAAUAGGUUCUCGCCUAAAGGUAGUACACCAUCUCAAGGUUCAAAUUUAAAGACGAUGUCUUCUAAUUAUUGUCAAACUACGACAACAACAAAAACAAAUAUCAACAAAUCAUAUAACAUUCCAAUUGAUCAAUUGAAAAGAGCAGUUGGUUGUAAUCUCCCCUGCUUUGUGAUCCAGUUUGACAGUAGCAUUGCUUUACGUAAUCUUCCGUCAGCAAUUAUUGCUUGUGAUUUAAUUAAAGACCAUUUUAACAAAAACAACAUCGAUAUAAAUGGUUUUUCUGUUGCUCUGUUUGUGGGACAUCGUUUAAAGAUAGCUGUCAAUAACAUGGAAGAUUAUGCAACACUUGUCCGAACGGACAAAUGGCCAUCAUCAAUUAAUGGAAAGAAAAUAGAAGUGAUCAAACCAAAAUUUGUUCCUGAAUGCUUUACACUUGUAGUACGAUAUGUUCCCCUGGACCUGUCAAUUCAAGAUGUUGCUGAUGAAAUUAAACGCUCAAUCAAUUCGGCCGACAAUUUCAAACAAAUUAUGUAUUCAUUUAAUCGUCCCAACAAAGAUAUAAGAUUUACAGUUUCAGAUUUAGUAGAAUACGAAGGUGCAUUAAAAUUAGGUCGCUUAAAUAUUGCAAAUCGCCUUCAUCCAAUUACAAGAUAUCUGCCAGCGAAUAAAUUAACUUUUUGCACCAAUUGCUGGCAAAUCGGUCAUUUACGUUCUUCUUGUAAUUCAAAUGUGCGUAAAUGUCGAAUUUGUCUUGGACUUUUCGGUCGAGAUCAUAUUAGCAUGUGCUCGGGUAAUCCUCGUUGUGCACAAUGCGGGCUUGAUCAUCAUUCACUCGAUCCCAAAUGUGAAUAUAUACAAAAUUAUCGACAAAAACUCAAUCAAGAAGUAAAACAAGCAGUUAUCGAUGGUAUAAUUAAUAGAAGAACUGUUCAACUCCAUCAUCAACACCAAGUACCAUAUUCGAAAUCAAAUUAUGAUAUUGAUUAUCCUUCACUAUCGACCAACAACAAUAACAUUAAAAUGUUAGAUAAUAAUACAUGGCCACGUACAAACUCUCAAUCAAUAACAAACAACAGUAUCAGGUCCAGUACUUCAAUUACUUCAAUGCUGAUAAAGAUGGACCAAGAUUUUAAAAAUGAAAUCCAUUCAAUUAAAGAAUUAAUUUUGAAAACACUAGAUGAAAAAAUCAAUAUUAACUCAAGCAAUAUUCAAUUACAUCAAGUUAGUUUGUGCACAAUUAACUCAACAAUCACAAAAAUCUUACAAAAUGUAGUACUUCCAUUGAUAAACCUUAUUCCAAAUUCGAAACUGGAAAUGAAACAACAAAUAUCUUCUGCUCUUCAAGAACUGGAAGUUCCGUUUCGUACACAUGCAGAUCAUAUGCGAAUGAACUUUAAUAUUGGUUACAACAAACAAGAAUCCAACAAUAUUACUCCAACAGUACCUUUUAUUAACAAUAUUAAUCAAAACCAACCAUCAUCGUUAUCACCAUCAAAUGAUACACCAACCUUAAUAGAAGAUUCGGACCGGAUGGUAGAUGAUAAUUAG